CUAUCAUCUGCUGCAAAGGAGACCAAUGAAGAUUCUGCACUUGUACCAAUAGCUGGAACUCCUUUUCAUCUUCUCCUUGAGAAAUUGCAGUUUCUCCUCAUGGCGAAGAGUUUGGAAGAAGCAGUCCUUUUGAACAGCCAGAAGCACUUGGCACCAAAGGACUAAUGUCAGGGAGUGCUAUGGUAUGCCAGCAAGAGGAGACGCGUUUAGCUUUUCCAGAGAAUUACUUGCACAAGUCAUCUUCCCAAUCAAGAGAGGACAUGGUCGUACAGAGGCAACCAGAAAAAUCGGGACAAGUCCGUGGUGUGGUAUCAAGAGCCAUAGAUGUAGCAUCAAGGAACCUUAAGACCGUGAAGGAUGAAGAAGAGCACGUGAAUGCAUUGAGCCAGAAAUUCAAACCAACAACAGAUCUGUCGCCACUAAAUGGAGGUCAACUUGAAAAGCCAGCACAAGAGGCUUUGUUUUGGUCAAAGUCAACAAGCAAUUGCAGUACUGAGGUGGCUCUGGGAAAAGAUCAAACAGAUCCAAGAUCAGCAGUAAAAGGGAAGCUGCAGGUUAUCAGAUCAACAAAGGGACAGGAUAUUCUUCAAAAACUGGCCAAGAAAGUGCAGGAGGCUGGAAUAAAACCAUGGACAUGGAAGUCAAAGCGAGAAGAUUCAGAGAAUGUCCCACAAACAUUGUUUGACAGUGCUAGCAAGUCAAUCCAAUGUUUCCAAAAGGCUUCCACCACCCCUGGAAGUGAAUCUCCCAUCACCCCAUGUGUCUACACAGAUGCAACAAAGCUUUUUAUGGAAGGUAAAAGCUUGCAUGGACUUCUGCCAGACCAAAUAUUGAAGCAGGGCCCACCACUGAAUACAGGGGAACUGGGGCAAAUGGAAUCUGAACUGGAUGUGGAUUCAGCCUCCUCCAAUGACUCUACCACAGCAGCACAUGCAGUCAGAGAGCCCAAAAUAUUUAUAUCUUCUGUAGAUAUUCAUUCAGCCAAUGAAGCAAAUGCAAAUGGAGGCUACUUGCUUCUAGAUUCCACACAAUAGUAGGAAAGGUUCCUGAAUGAAGUAGCUCUGACCGUAACAAGUGUUACUGUCUUCUCUCUUUCUCUUGUACUCCUGUGCCGAAGAUCUCUCCACGCCUUAAUGGAAGACUGCUGAGUAACCGAUGGCCAGAAAUGUUGAGUAUGUUUUCGUUUUGGAUAGAUGAGCCGUGACUAGGAUUGGGUUCGCCUGAAGCAAGCUUCUGAAACUAAUAGCAAGGGCUGCACCCUGUGCUAAUGUUGGAUUUGACUUGAUGUUUACACACAAUCUUUUUAAGCUGUUCAAGAAAGUCUUGCUAUGCUGCUUCUUUUGGCCAAACUAAAGGCCAAGUUCUCUUCUCUUUCUCUUUAUUCUGCCCUCGUCAAGGUUACCGUCCUUCCAGCAGGAAGAGUGUAAUCGAAGGGGAGUAGCUCUAUGAGUGGAUAGAACUGCAGGCUGUACAGCUGUUGACUUUGUUGCAAUAUUGGCACUUGCACAAUAAGGUGAUUAUUGGAUGCAAAUGGGGGCAGGGAAUUCAAACCAGAGUGAAAUUAGAAUGAUCUGUGUGAAGAAUGCAUCCCAAGAAGUGAGACUCUCUGGCAGAAUUUUGUAUUUAUGGAGAUACCAACAGUAAAAACACCGCUCCGUCCCAUCCCACGUAGGUUAGUAGCUGAAGCAAAUCUAUUUAAUGUGCAAAAAUAAACCAUAAGAAUGUUUCUUUUAAUGUGAAUGAGAGGGCCCUAAUUCUACAACUUAUUGAAGGUCUGUAGGAAUGGGAUCACUUUGCAUGUUAAACUCUGAACUUCUGAAGACGUGAGACUCAAUGUUUGUUGUGCAUAAACUAGUGAGGCAGGGGUUAUAUCUUUAAAGUUUAAAGUGCUCACCAUGCUUACAGGUUUGGGUCUUCAGUUUUUAACAUGGUCUUAAGUGGGAACAUAUUGCACAAAAACCUUCACACAAGGUUAUUUUUCCCCUUGUGUAGCUGUUAUUUUUGUGCAGCACUUAACAAUUGUCUUUGACGUUUUUAAAAAUGUUUUAGAAUCUUACACUAAUGCUAAAAUGGCUGAGAGGAUAUCUGGCCUUUUGCAGAAUAGCCACUUAUGGGCUACACUUGAAAGAAUUAAAACGGUUAAAAAUUUCAAAGUUGUAAUUCUUAAGGCUUAUUGCUCCCUGCAGAGCCCACCAUGGGGCAGUAUAUGAACAUUUGGUUCAAAUGUACUUGCACUUGACUACAAGAUGAGUCACUUUUUAUUAUAAUUCCAAGUAAAAGGAUUUGAAAUAAUUUUCUUGUGGUCCCAGUGCUGGAUGCUCACUGUUCCCUAGCUGAGAGCAAGUGUGGGUCCUGCUUCCACAUUCUUAUUAUGGAAUAGACUCCCAUAUACAGUAGUGCAGGCCAAAACCAGAGAUAUAUUUUAUUUUGAAAACACACCGCUCCGUCCCAUCCCAGCAAUCAGCAAUAUUUUAGUGGACUUCAGCAUCAAUAUGGAUAAAUGAAUGAAGUUAAGCCCUGUGGUCAGCCUUAUCAAGAAUUAUCUUGUCUGAUCAGGUGUGAAUAAUGCUGUGAUUCUUUUAUCCACACCAUUCUGUAGGAAGCAGCAGAUCCCUUGUGGUAUCUCCACUGGUAGCUUGGCUACUCUGCUCUGGUUGUGAAUUACUGGUUUAUAAACUUCUUUUCACUUGGGUAUAUUGGUGCAGGACCCAUAUAGCUUAGAUGUUUGAAGAAUUGCAGUUUAGUGAAGAGACUUGGACCAUGUACAAGGUUUUUCUAACCAAUACUUGGACUGUGGUUAUGAUGUUCCUCAUGUGCUUCUAUCUCUGGUGGACCAUCACUUGCAAGUUUGUAGCUCAGAGUGUUCAGUUCAAUUUGUACCACAGUUCUUUGUGUCGGUCUAAUGUUUGUGGGUCAAGUGGUUUGCAAAGGUUGAUUUUAGCACUGUGACCUCUGAUGGGCAAAUCCUAAAUGAGAACACAAAAGGGUGGCUAGAAACUACAAGAUAUGCAAGUUAUGGGAACCUGGAUUUAAUCCUUGUACAUGUUCCCCUGGGCUCCCUGCUUGUGUAUAUAUGCAGCCCAGAAAAAUCCACUGGAAUGUCAUCUGGUUAUGAUCACUUGUUGCUGUAAUUUGUAAGAAGCUCCUCUCCUUUAUCUUGCAUGAUUAUGGGGACUAGGUGGGGAAAAAUUGGUCUGAUGUCAGAUUAGAAUGUAUCCUUGAGAAAGAUUUCUGGAAGUGGUGAACAGGUGAGAAUACUUGUGCACAUUUUCAGUACUGUAUCUUCAUAUUUCACACUGCUACACAUGAUGCACAUUUUGCCAUAAUGGAUUUGAAGGGCCACCAAUGUUCUACCUCCUCAUGAUCUGGCCUUGCACUGCCAUGAGGAAAUAUCCUCAGACACCUUUUGUUUUCCUGUUGGGAUUUGAUUAUUUUUCACGUUUUGUGUCUGCACAGCCAUCUCUGGCAUUUGUUGUGUUUCACAUUCUGUUUUGAAUGCUUUUGAAAUUUUCAGCCUAAUUUAACAGUGCUUUAAAGUCAGAGGCAUGGCAUAGUUGUGCAUCAUUGGAGACUUUCUUAAAGGAAGUAGAGGCUCUAUGUACAGUUUAUAAAAUUCUUUGUGUAUACUAUAUAUGAUUAUCAGAUUGGAAUAUUGCUGCAGAAUUCAGCCAUUUGAAUGGGACUAGUACAUUGGAGAUGCUGCAUUGAAUAGAUCAACAACACUACACUUAAAUCCUAGUCUCCAUAAUCUCUCUGGUUGAAUGUACAUUACACUAAGGGUUAGUUAUCCAUAAUACAUUGGUUUAGUAUUCACUUCAAUUGCUUGAGCUAGAACUUAAUGGAAAUUUGUGGGGCUAAUUAACAAACUUUAAGUAGAAAAUAGUCCUUAUUUUAACAGCAUUUAAUCAUUCACUAACCUCCUUCUGUUGAGUGAGCUGAAACAUCAGUAGCAGUAAUAGAAUUGGCUUGUAAUUUGUUUGGUAUUCGAAAAGGAGACACUUGCAAGUGUUUCAUGUACAGUGGGAGGAUGUAACUGGCGCUAAAGGACUGCAGGGAUUUGUAUCUCCUUCCCCGUUCCAAAAGCAAAAGUACAGCAAACUGUUGCAGUUCCAUUCAUACCAGAAUGUGCUGCAUGAAGUAAGAAAAAAACUUGGUAGAGGGCAAGACAUAUUUGUUUUAAAAUACGAAUCAUUUAAAUUAAAAACCAACAGUUGGAAGGGCACAUCAGGAACAAUUGAGUUAAUGUGUCUGUAAAUUAACUCUAAUUGUUACUGGUUGAUUUCUCGCAGUGAGGAAAUCACUGUUAACCAGCACACCACUGAAGUUCAGGCUUCCUGUCCUGAAAAAACUGCAUGCAAAGUUAAUUUGCUGUUAGUCAUUUUAAAGGCUGAGGGAAGGAGGGCGGGACUGCUGGUGAAACUAAGCUUUCCUGGACACUACUGCUCUGUUUCUCACUCCAGUUUAAAACCUAGUUUUGUUUUUAGCUUGACUUUGUUUUGGUGGCCAUUCCAAAAUAAAAAACUGUUCCUACUGCCUUGCAUUGCACCUUGAUCUCUAUAUAUCUGUGGCUGGAAUAUAGGAUGAGGAGCAGCCACAAGGACAACCCACUUGUGAUAAUGGCCUUUCAGCCCCCGCUUGAAUUUGAGCUGCAUCUGGUGAAACUCAGGGUAAACAUAGAAUACUGUGUUUGUUCACUUGUGCAGGUGUAAGAAUGAGAAGCGUGCUUGAUCCCAUGGACAACCGAACUCUCGUGAGGGAAGGUCGGUUCACAGCACUUCUACAUGCCUCUCAACAGCUCACAUAACCAUUCCUGACCUGGGAAAGUUUCUUUUAAUUCCCCUUUGGCCUGUAGCAUUCCAACCCUUUGCUGUUGCUUCUGCUCUUCCAGAUAGCCUGUAUGUUUCUUGUCAUUUCAGUUUAGAUUAAACCUUACUGCAGCUUAUGGAAAAUGCAAAGAUUGGAACCUUGCAGCUUGAGAAAAUGUGGGCACCCAGCUUGAACUGCAAAGCAAAAUGUAAUCUAUGCACUGUGGCAGAUAUCCUAGUCUGUCUUCAACAGUUAUUUAAAAAUCAGUUUUAUUUUUAUUUUUAAGCUAGUCUUUAGAUUGCAUAGUUGGUAUACUAGAUGAGGGAGUGAACAUAUCCGUUAUGGAAGCUGUCAAUUACAUCAGUGAUUAAUCAUGGGUAAAUUUGGAUCAGAUAAGACUUUUGGAUUGCAUUCCCAAAACAAGUGAAUUGUAAAAUCUAAGUAUAAAAUAAGUUUUAAAGACCUCCAACUUUUUGGGCAGGUGGAAGCUACCCUUGGGGAGGUUCUUGCUCCAUACCUCGAGUUUACUCUCCCAACUCUCUACUGAUCAUCCUAUCAAUGGGUUUGUCUGGUGCCAAGAUAUUUUUCAACUCACAAGGACUAAUAAAAUCAAGUACACAGCCAUUAAAAGACUAUUUGUUGACAGAAUAAAAAAAAAUAUAGGAAAAUAUAUAAAAGCCCACCAUUGUACUUGUUUUGACAUCAAGGCCUGUUUUCUUUGACAAAAUGCAAUUAUUGGCACCAUGUUUGGUGUAGACCUGAAGGGCCUGUUCCUGUGCUGUACUGUACUGAUGACUGUAAUUGGGAUUCAACCUCUCAUGUAGUCAAUUUAAAAAAAAAGGUGCCCUCCCAUCUAAUGCUUUGGCCGAGUACUAGAAUUUCAAGUAAUUGUUUAAUCAUGACUGUGACAUUUAGAAUUGAAGGAAAAUAAAGUGGUUGUGUCAGCUUGGUUCGGUUGCUAACACUCUCAUCUGAGUGAGAACAUUGUGCACAAUCACCACCUUAAGACUCGUCCAUAACUUAGUCUAACCCAACCAUUGUUUAUGAAGUUGAUCUUCUUAGGAUAAUGUACCAUCAGCAUAUUGAGGUAGGCAUUAGAGACCUGUAUGUCAAUGAAGAGGGGAGAUCUCAUGCUGACCUGGCCAACAUUCCUCCCUUAACUGGGUAUCACGCUCAAUAUUAGUGAACUCUUGGUUACCCAAAUUGGCUGCUUAAUUUGCCCACAUAACAAUCACUGCAUUGCAAGAUAAUUGUAAGUGUGAAGCUCCUUGAGACAUUCAAGAGAUGUAAUUAGGUGCUAUGUGAAUGCAAUUUUUUUUAUAAUUGUAACAUACAAGGUAUUUAUCAGUGUAACUAAUUUGUGUUGCAAGAAUUCUGUGAAAAUGGAUAUAAGCUGGACUGUGUGAAGAUUCCAGAGCAUGACUGAAACAUUUAAUGAGGAAAAACUCUUUAAUGUUAUUUCAUAAAAUGUAGAAAACAUGACUUAUCAUUUUUAAAAUUCAUGGUGUUGUUCAAGUGCUUGUCUGCAUAAUGGAAGUUUUCCUUUCACGUUGUUGUAGUUCAUUGUGACUAAAGGAUAUCUUUUUUAAAUAGCAAAUAUUGAUUUGCUAAUGAAUUUAUCUAAACCUGUUUGUAAAGUAAUACCAGUGUUAUUUGUAUUUUUAAUAUUUUUCAAUGAAAGGUGCAUCACCUAACAAUUGGUG